AUGGUCUCGCGCCAUCUCUCUCUUGCCCUAGGUGGAAGAUCGAAGCUAGGGUAUGCCAAUGGAAGCAUUAAAGCACCUGAACCAUCCUCUACAUCGUAUGGUGCAUGGCAUGCAAACGAUCAGCUUGUUAUGUCCUGGAUACUUAACUCUAAGGAACCUAAUCUGUCUGAACUCUCCUCUCAUGUUUUGUGGGAAUCUAUCAAAGAGAUGUAUGGCAGCCAAAACAAUGCUGCUCGUAUAUUUCAACUCAAGAAGGAUCCCACUGGGCUAAGGCAAGGUGAUCAAUCCUUCAUGCAACACCUUGGGAGCAUUAAGUCCAUGUGGAACGAACUUGACAUGUAUCGUCCACAUACAACAGAUUCCGCUACACUCCUCAAAAGAGCCGAUGAAGACAAAGUGUUUCAACUUCUGGCAAGUCUUGGAGCAGAAUAUAAAGAUCCUAGAAGUCACUUGCUGAUGACUGCAGAUCUGCCUUCGUUUAAUAGUGUUUGUCAAGCUGUCCAACAGGAGGAAACUCAAAGAAAAGGCAUGCACAUUGAACCCAAGUCCAACUCUGAGGCAAGGGUUUUCACCAACAAUCAUAAACACACUGGUGAAAAUUUUUUUACUAGAAAAAAGGCAAAUUGGAAAUGUACCUACUGCAACAUGAAUGGGCACAUAAGGGAAAAAUGUUGGAUCCUAGAUCCGGAGUUAAAGCCAAAGUUUGAUAAGGAAGGAAGAAUGAUCAAAAAAGGCAAGGGAAUUUUUCCAAAUGCUCUCCAUUCAACUAGCUCGUUGACUGGUGGUUUAUCAAACUUCACUGCAAAUCCCAUAGAUUUGAUAAAUGAAUUUGCAAGCUUUCUUCAAAGGAGAUGA